CUCUUAAUUAUUACUAAUCAAACUCUCACUCACUUUCUCUCUCUACAAACUUUCACUCUAACAAUUUAUCAGCUAAACACUUUCUCUCUCUAACUUCAUCCAAUGUCCUUCACCUAUAAUUACUACACCAACGGCGAGGCGGAGCCGCCCAAUUCCAAGCCGCCGCCGGCCCUUACAUCGUCGGCUUCUUUCAAGUCACGCAGCAAGCCGAAGCUCAAUUUCAAUGCAGGAACCGGCACCGGCGUCGGCGGUUCAGAUGUGGAUGAUAUCAUCACUCUUUUACAUGGCUCCGAUCCCAUUCGCGUCGAGCUUAACCGCCUCGAGAAUGAAGUCAGAGAUAAAGAGAGGGAACUUGCGGAAGCAAUUUCGGAAAUUAAGUCAUUGAAGAUUUCGGAACGUUUGAAAGAGAAAGCAGUUGAAGAGUGUACAGAGGAGCUACAUAAAGUAGACGAAAAAUUAAAAGCUGGUGAAGCUCUUUUGGAAAGCAAGAAUCUUGAGCUGAAAAAGAUAAAUGAUGAGAAAAAAGCAGCUUUAGCUGCACAAUUUGCUGCAGAAGCCACACUUCGAAGGGUUCAUGCUGCUCAGAAAGAUGAUGAAAUGCCUCCCAUUGAGGCCAUCAUCGCUCCACUUGAGGCAGAACUGAAAUUGGCUAGGCUGGAGGUAGCAAAAUUGCAAGAUGACAAUAGAGCACUUGAUCGGCUAACCAAAUCUAAGGAAGCUGCUCUACUUGAGGCUGAGAGAACUGUUAAAAUGGCUUUGGCAAAAGCAUCCUUAGUUGAUGAUCUUCAAAACAAAAAUCAAGAGUUAAUGAAGCAAAUAGAAAUCUGCCAGGAGGAGAAUAGAAUCUUAGACAAAAUGCUUCGACAAAAAGUUGCUGAGGUUGAAAAACUGACCCAAACUGUUCGUGAGCUCGAGGAAGCUGUCUUAGCUGGAGGGGCUGCUGCUAAUGCUGUGCGUGAUUAUCAGAGAAAAGUGGAAGAGAUGAAUGAUGAGAAAAAGACUCUGGAACGUGAAGUAGCUCGUGCAAAAGUUAGUGCGAAUCGAGUUGCUACUGUAGUUGCAAAUGAGUGGAAAGAUGGGAAUGACAAAGUUAUGCCUGUAAGGCAGUGGCUUGAAGAAAGAAGAUUUUUUCAGGCGGAAAUGCAACAACUUAAAGAUAAAUUGGCGGUCGCUGAGCGCACUGCAAAGGCAGAAGCUCAGAUGAAAGAAAAAUACCAAUUACGAUUCAAAGUCUUAGAGGAUAGACUUAGAGCUUCAAAUGGUAAUUCUCGUUCUACGUGUGAAGGAAAAAGCAUAAUCAAUGGGUCUUCACGGCGUUUGUCUCUUGGUGGAGUUGAAAGUUUAUCCAGAUCCAAUGGUUUGUCCAAAAAAGCAUCAAAUACACAAGGUGGCUCUUUCCGAUCAAGAUCAUUUGAUGGGCGCAGUGGGUCGCUGGAUGCAGCAAAAUUGAUUUCAGAAAAGAUGAGUAAUGAUAAUGUACUCAGCAGCACCAUCGAUCAUUCUCAAAGUAGUGAAACAGAUAAGUGUGAGGAGCAUGCAAAUGGGAUAUCGGUGGAAAAAUUAAAAUCAGAACAUGGGGAUUUUGUUUCAGGAAUCUUGUACGAUAUGUUACAGAAAGAGGUGAUAACUUUAAGAAAAGCUUGCCAUGAAAAAGAUCAAAGUCUGAAGGACAAAGAUGAUGCAGUUGAGAUGUUGGCAAAGAAGGUUGAUACAUUAAACAAAGCAAUGGACGUUGAGGCAAAAAAGAUGAGAAGGGAAGUAGCUGCCAUGGAAAAAGAAGUUGCUGCUAUGCGGGUUAGCAAGGAACAGGAUCAAAGGACAGGGCGGACCAGUGGUCCUAGAGCUGGUCUGUUGAUGUCUGCAAGGAAUUCAAGAAAUUUAUAGCCGAUGAAUACAUCUCCGAUGAUGUCCGGACGAAAACAUAACUAAUGACCUGGCGUUAAAGCCAGAAGUUAGUACGGUUUGUACCUUUUUCUGUUUCCAGCUGCUUCAGUUUUUCUCAGCCAGGUAGCCAAUUUGUAAAGAACUGACUCUAGGUUUCCUAGAGAAAUCACCAUGUUAUAUAUCUCUUACAUCAGAUAAUAAUAUAAAGAUCAAGUGUGGCUUGAAAGAAUAUACACAAUAACUGUGGUGAACUAUUUUGAAGCUAAAUAGAUGUAUAGUUGUAUACUUCA